GCACGAGCAUGAAGGGAGCACCUAUCCUGCUGUCGCUCUUACUGACGGCCGCCUCGUGUAUUAACGCCAACGACGUGUGCAGCGACCGUUAUGACGCUGCCUGCCUGGCGGCCAUGACGUCUCUCUACGUCAACACCUCGGCCUACUGGUUCGGGACGACGUACACAUGUCCCUAUGGAAUGAACGGCACGUUGCUAUGCCAAAACAAGAAGCCCUCCCGCACGUCCCUCCUAACUCGACUGUUGGGGGACGCCGCCACCGACACCAGCGGCGUAGACUUCGUCGUCAACGUCACGUACACACUUACAGUGCCAGGAGACGGAUCUGACCGUGUAUAUCCAGGAUGCAGCAGGAUGGUGGCGGCGCCUUUGACGACCCAAAAAACAUUCUCUAUCGACCCUCUCAGCAGCAUCGUCUACGCCCCAUUCGACCUCCGCGAGAAACCGGAAGUGACGUGGCCAGGGGAGGCAAACGCCCUCUACACUGUCAUGAUGUACGACGUUGGCCUGUAUUUCAUGCAUUCCUUGUACAUCAACGUAAAGGGCGGUAAACUGCAGGGUGGAGAUGUGAUCGCUCCCUAUGCCGGGCCGAGGAUCCCCGUAAAAAGAGAUAACCCCUACGUGUGGCUUGUGAUGAAGCAGACGACGACACUCGACGUGACCAACGUCAACAACAUCUUCACAUCGCUCUUCGACGCUGACUAUUCCGUUUACAUGGAAGAUGUGAUCUCUAGACUGGCUUUGUCAACGACGUCGUACGGCUUCAACACCUUCCGUGCCAAUACCGACGAGUAUGCCGCCGUCUACAUCCGGAAUCUUGGGUUCCUCAACGUGUGUCCUGUCCACUAUGGCAAAUGGUUAACAAGCUACAUCAGACAACGAGGGGGACUGCCGUCUCUAACGCCGCCCUUCGACCUCAGUAUCUCUAUUGACGUCAGCUUUACUGCCCCCGCAAUGAACUACUGGUCAUGUGACGUUCUGUACUCGAGAGGACCUGUCAACAUCACCGUAGACUACCGUAAUGUGAAUCUGUUGGGUGCCGUGGAGACCCGGAACUCCCCCGUGGUGAGUCUGGUGCCCAUGGAGCUCCGGUAUGCUCCCCCUGCCGUCACACUGAGAGACAAGCAGUACACCCUGUUAAUGUUUGACCCGACCCCCGAGUUGGGGCACACCAAACAGAACGCUUACAUCCACUGGAUGGUCGUCAACAUCCGGGGCACUGACAUCACUUCCGGUGACGAAGUGUAUAAGUGGCUAGUUCCCAUGACAACAAAGUUGAAUCAGCUCUACCUAUUUGCCUUGUUCGAGCAAACGACACAUGUUAGCACCACAAGGCCGAUGACCUACGCAGGAGCCAGUUGUCCAGCUACAAUCAAGUUCAGGUGCAUGUUUCGAGCUGGCGACUUCAUCCGUGACAACAACCUCACCCUCGUCGGUCUACGACAUCUUAGAAUCAUCCCCGACACCUACCAACAGUACUUGUCGUACACCGUGGCCAAAUUCCAAGCCAAGGCCCAAGCUUGUUGGGGGAGCCCUCAGACCAUUCGACCUUGCUCCUCUUCCGGCAAGCACUCCACAUCAGCGCCGAUCGUUGGGUAAAAGUCUUCCAGGCCAGCGGGCCCUAUUCUGGACCUGCAUAUCACUACACGGCAUGCACAACUUUGUAUGUUCUAUAAAUGAA